GUGACUCUGCAUCUGCUCUCAGUUGUGGAAAGAUUACCACGCAGCCAGGGAGAGUGAGCGAGAGAGAGAGAGAGAGAGAGAGAGGGAGAAAGAGAGAGAGAGAGCUGAGGAGGAGCUUGCAGCGAUAAGAUUCUCUCCACGCACCAUCAGCACCACAAACUUGCUCUCCAUUCAUCCUGCUGCCUCUGCAGCGCACCUGCUUCUGCACACACUGGGAUUUUCACGUGUUUUUCUCCCGUUGGAAGGUGCUCAUGUGCACCCCACGGCUAAUUUUCGCUCUCCGCUGAGUUGAUUAUGGUCACAACCCCCGCGGUGCCAAGGUGGAGCCACCGCGCGUAUCUCGGAUCGGUGCGCUUCUCCAGGGGCUGGGAUGCGCACCGGGUACCUCUCGCUUCCUGCCAAGUUUCGGGUCCGAGGAGGAGUCUAGCUCUGCCCCUGGGCGCCGAGCCAGGAGGACCCAGUCCACCCGGAGCAGGAUGCCGGUGAUGAGAGGGCUGCUGGCCCCGCAAAACACCUUCCUGGACACCAUCGCCACGCGCUUCGAUGGCACCCACAGCAACUUUGUUCUGGGGAACGCCCAGGUGCAGUCGCUCUACCCCAUCGUCUACUGCUCCGAUGGCUUCUGUGAGCUCACGGGUUACGCCCGAGCUGAGCUCAUGCAGAAGAGCUGUGCGUGUCACUUCCUGUACGGCCCGGAAACGAGCGACAAGCUAACGGCUCAGAUCCAAGGAGCUCUGGACGAGAGAGGGGAGUUCAAGACCGAGCUGGUCUUCUACAAGAAGGAAGGUACACAGUUCUGGUGUCUUCUGGACAUUGUCCCCAUAAAGAAUGAAAAGGGCGAGGUGGUUCUGUUCCUUGUGUCCCACAAAGACAUCUCGGACAAGAAGAAGGACCAGGACCCGGAGCAGGGACCAGACACAGACGAGGAAACUGGUCUGAAGGUUCAUCAGGUCACUCGGCCUCCAGGAUUCAACGCUAACCGACGCCGCAGCAGAGCCGUUCUCUAUCACCUGUCGGGACACCUGCAGAAACAGGACAAGAGCAAGCUCAAGAUCAACAAUAACAUGUUUGGAGAGAAACCUCCGAUCCCAGAGUACAAGGUCGCAGCCAUCCAGAAGUCUCGCUUCAUCCUCCUCCACUACGGGACCUUCAAGGCCGGCUGGGAUUGGCUGAUUCUGCUGGCUACGUUUUACGUGGCCGUCACCGUGCCCUAUAACGUGUGUUUCACAGUGGUAGGGGGGCGGGACGAAGGGAGCAGCAGCGCCUCCCGGAAUCCACCCAGCGUCAGUGACAUCCUCGUGGAGAUCCUGUUUAUAUUAGACAUUUUGCUGAACUUUCGAACCACCUUCGUGAGCACGUCGGGUCAGGUCGUGUACGAUGCCCGCUCCAUCUGCGUCCACUACGUCACCACCUGGCUCUUUGUUGACCUCAUCGCCGCCCUGCCCUUCGACCUGCUGUAUGCUUUCAACGUCAGCGUGUAUUUUGGAGUCCACCUGCUGAAGACGGUUCGGCUUCUGCGGUUGCUGCGGCUGCUGCAGAAGCUGGAGCGGUACUCUCAGUACAGCGCCGUGGUUCUCACUCUGCUGAUGUCCAUGUUCGCUCUGCUGGCUCACUGGAUGGCCUGCGUCUGGUACUUCAUCGGCCGCAAGGAGAUCGAGAGUCCUGGCUCCUGGGAUAUAGGUUGGCUCCAUGAGCUGGCCAAGCGCCUAGGCUCCCCGUACUUCCUGUCCCCCCUCACCACCCUGGUGUCCUCCACAGUCAGCAGCAUCUCCGCCAACAGCAGCCAGUGGAACGUGUCGGGGUCAGAGGUCACCGCGCAGAGCUCCUGGAACUCCAGCCAACAUUACGGGAACGUGUCGGGAGGGGAGGCCGUGUCGGGGGCGGGCAGCGGGGGAGGAGGUUUCGGGAUGCUCGGUGGAGGACCCUCGAUGAGGAGCAGCUACGUCACCUCGCUGUACUUCGCUCUGAGCAGUCUGACCAGCGUGGGGUUUGGAAAUGUGUCGGCCAACACGGACUCCGAGAAGAUCUUCUCCAUCUGCACCAUGCUCAUAGGAGCACUGAUGCACGCCGUGGUGUUUGGAAACGUGACGGCGAUCAUCCAGAGGAUGUACUCUCGCCGCUCGCUCUAUCACACCCGCACCAAAGACCUGAAGGACUUCAUCAGAGUCCACCGGCUACCUAAAGCUCUGGAGCAACGCAUGCUGGAGUGUUUCCAGACCACCUGGUCCGUCAACAACGGGAUCGACGUCAGUGAGCUCCUGAAGGACUUCCCAGACGAGCUGAGGGCAGACAUCGCAAUGCACCUGAACAAGGAGCUGCUCCAGCUGCCUCUGUUCGAGUCGGCCAGCCGGGGCUGCCUGCGCUCGCUCUCCCUCAUCAUCAGAACCUCCUUCUGCGCUCCGGGCGAGUUCCUCAUCCGGCAGGGAGACGCCCUGCAGGCCAUCUACUUCGUCUGCUCGGGGUCCAUGGAGGUCCUGAAGGACAACACUGUGCUGGCCAUACUGGGUAAAGGAGAUCUGAUUGGCUCGGACUACCUGACGAAGGAGCAGGUGAUAAAGACCAACGCCAACGUGAAGGCGCUGACGUACUGCGACCUGCAGUACAUCAGCCUGAAGGGCCUCAGGGAGGUCCUCAGACUCUACCCGGAGUACGCCCAGAAGUUCAUCAGCGAGAUUCAACACGACCUCACAUACAACCUGAGAGAGGGACACGGAGCGGAUGGGGACUGGGAGAGUAACGGUGGCCUGGUGAAGAAGCUGCCCUCCAUCCGUGAGGACGAGGAGGGCGAUGAGGAUCAGAACUCCGUGUCCCGGGCUCCUCGCUCCCCGCUGCGUCUCAGCAGGGGGCUCAGCUCGCCCCUGCGUUCCCCUCUCCUCCCUCCCAGACCUUUCCGCGCUCCCUCCGAACAUUCCCGCCCCACCACUCUGCAGAUUCCCGUGGUCAGCUUCAGCUGCGCUCCACCUGAACUCAGCCCCAGAUUCGUGGACGGCAUCGAAACGGAGAGCAACUGCACCUCAUCGCAGAAGUUUGAGUUCAGUCCCAGCAUGUCUCCUGCAGCGCCGCCCUCCCCAUACCGCGGUAACCAUGCGAUUCGGGAUCACUCUGAGAUCAAGCAGAGCGUGUUGAAACUGACCGAAGAGAUGAACAGUCUCUCCAAACAAGUCUGCACGCUCAGUCAGGAGCUGCAGGAAAUGACACGCCUCCUUAAGCCCCUCCUCCAAACCUCAACUUCGCAGCCAAUCCUGAUGACCAUGACGCCAAAUUUAACCCCUCCUCCCAGCAGUGCCAGCCAGUUAUCCACGAGCACCUGCCUGAUGGUGCCCCCUGCCACACCUUGUCCCCUGCAGAGACCUGACACUCAGUCCCUGUUGGACAGUGGGGACACAGAGGGGAAGGAUCUGCCUGGAUGCCUUCUGCCCACUCCUCAUUCACCACAAAGGCUUAAUUCUCCUUCACCCCCGCCGCCCCCAUCCAAACCUCCAAGCUUCCCCUCCACCGUUCCCUCACCUGACGACAGACUUCCUGAAGGAUCCCCCGUCCCCAACGUCUCCCCCAGCAACGGGACGUGUCUGCCCCCUCUGCUGGACCAGCCUCCUCUGGUUUCUCGCACUCCUUCACCGUCUCUCUCCUUCUCCAUGUCUCUCUCCUCCUCUUCGUCUCUCUCCCGCUGCCAAGGCCCCCACCUGUCCCGACCAGGCAGCUGCACCAGCCGAGGCCUCCAACCUCCGCCGCCCUCCCAGGACACGCCUCCUCCUACCCAGUCCACCCACUGCUCAGCUCCCCCAUCCCUCACAUCCUCUCCUGGAGAUUUUCGCCUGAAGCCGUCCCCAACUGUCUCUCUCGUCUCCCCUCCAGCCGCCCCCUUCCACCCCUCCACCCUCUCCCUGCCUGUGUCUUUGGACUCUUCGAGGACGAGGCAGGCAGACACCCAGACUCCACCUUGGUGUAAGUCACAGUUGCGCUACAGGGAGGCAAGAGGGGUCAGUCUCCCACAGGAGCUGGAGAUGCAAGAGUGGGGACGAGCGGUGGAGGAGGAGGGGCGGUCCUCCACGGAGCACAUCAGUUUCAUCGACGAAGAGGAACCGGCAUUAUGAGCGGGUUAAACUGAGCAAACGUAAAAAGGUGACGAAGGAGAAGCAGGGGAUAAAAGCGGAGAUCAGAUCAGGGAGAAUGGCGUCUGCAUGAAAUGAAAACCAAGCAGAAACAAACAAGGAGGUGGCUCAUCGGGCUGAAAAAGGAGAAACAGGUGACCGGAAGCACACCUGUGAGGCCGAGACUCGACACAAGCUGCCAGCAAAUCAGUGUGAAGGAGAGUUUUCCUCGACUGUUUCACUGCAGCUACAGCAGCACUCAGUACCAACUUCAGUAGCAUCAGUUGCUCCCUGUAGCAACAUGGAAACCAGAACAUCUUUUAAACUGGUUUCAGCUCAUCUGUGGAGCUCCAAACAACUUCACCGUCUGAAUCCAACACAAGUUAGUCUCCUCUUUUUUUACAGGGCAGGUACACACUCUCAUAUCUCUGCUGGAAAAAAAAAAAAAAAACAUGUCUUUACUGAAGUCGGAGAGGUCGAGAUGCUGCUGCUCUCGGACUCAGAAUUAAAAACUAGUCACAUCAGAACACCCUCACCUGGAAGGCUUCAUCAUGGGAUUAUUUUUUUUUUUUUUUUAGAUUUUCUGCCUCUUGGGUGGUGGAGGCAAACACUCAGCCGGACAUGGAUCCAUCUUUUCAGUCAUUUACAUCGCUCUCGUUCCACAAAAAACUGUUCAACUCGUCUACAUGUUCUUCCCCUGUAAUGAGUCUGAGGAUGUUAGCGAGCAGAAGCGCUUCAGUUUGAGUGUGGACCCUUGAAGUCUGAGCUAACUGCUGGGUCGUGUACCAAAGACAAAAGCAAGAAAAAAAGUUCGGGGAAACUCUCAAAACAUAAUCAACACCCAUAUUUAUCUGUUUGUCACCAUCAUGACUGUUUACAACCAGCCAAUCAGAUUGUAACACAUCACCUCCCACAUCCCUCCUGAGCUUUAGCCAUCCAGCCAUUCGUGCCUUCUCCGCAUUAAGACAUGAGGCUUCACCACGGCCGUUCUCCUGUUCUCUACAGGAAAGCAUUUGGAACAAAACUUUACACAGGAAGCCAUUAGUGUCACCUGCAGAGAACUCUUGCACCUUUGAUCUAAAUUAUUUAUUUAUUUAUUUAUUUAGACUGUAUUUUUAUUUAUUUUUGGAAGCAAUGAGGAAAUAUUUUGCGUGUCUGGGACGUCAGACAGAAACAGGCUGGGGAGGGGACGUUUGAUAUCUUAAAGCCACUUUUCCACCACAAGAACAGAGACCAGGAACCUUUAGGGGAAUUAAAUCUUUGUGGCUUUUUUGAGCUGAGUAAAUUACCAAAUUUUACUAUGUGUAAAGAGCACCGUACGCCAACUCUUUUGCCUCACAGCUAUGAGGUCACUUUUUCAGUUUCAUUUGCAUAGAUUUGGUUAAAACAAAAAAAAGUCAUGCGCACGAUAUUAUUUGAAUUUGCCGGUUUGUUUUUGUUCGUUUUACUUUGACACAUCCGGGGGUCUGCAGGAAUAAUCCUGAGACUGAUGGAGAAAUGACAAAUUCAGGGCCGUGUUGAGCGUUAAUGCUGCAAACAAAAUCCUGCAAUGAUAGCCAUUACGGACGCACUCACAACAUACCAUACUCGUACCAUGCCAAAGCACCCUUCACCCUCAAAGUCCAGUUCGUUUGAGUAGUGUGAGUGCUCCGUUCUGCGCUCAUGCUCGGUACGCUUCCUUGGCCCUGGUACUGUUGGAAGAGGUGUGCUUCUGCACGGUACACAGCAUGGACGUAAAGUAAAACCGAUCCCCGCCUCCAUUAUGGAGAUAUCCCUGAGUGUUCUGUAUCUGACUAACAUGACUCAAAAUAAGCCACAAAGUCAGUAAAGUGGGGGGUGGGGCAUUCCUCCUUCAACACGGUACGGGGUAACCGGGGCUAGUGUGAGUGCACCCUAAGUCAUGCUGUAAAGUGAAGUGCAAAAAUAAGUAAAAACAGCCUUCACUUCCUUUCUGCAGCAAUGAGUUUGUCUUUUCUUUGUAUGUAUUUUACACCAGCUUGAAACACAAACAAAAGGCAGACGAAACCUUUAAGUUCCUUGAUUAUCAGUCCCUGAGAUUAUAAGGUUCUUUGUUCUUUUAGUGGAAACGUGGCUUAAACUAGAAACAGGAUUCAAACCCUCCGAGAUUUUAUGUAGCACACACAAGAAGCAUCUUUUGAACAUGCACACAGUUUUCAUCAUCUGCAGCCCCCUUUGCCAACCACUGAGCUUUAUGCUGGUACAAGACUACAGCCUAACAUGAAACUACAAUACCUAGGCUGCAUCACUACGGAGGUCUCAGGACUUCUGAAAUUCUUUUUUUCUCUCUCGCUUUGGUGAGGUGCUUUGUGCACCAUGUUACUUGUAAUAUAGACGGUCAGAUUUCUGGGUUCUAUUUUCUGUAACGGGACAACCUGGACUCUUUACACUCUCAAAGAUAACGAGUAGAACUCCAGUUGACAGCUGUGGAGCUCUGAUCUCGUUGGUUAACUUUAGGUGGGUGGGUGGGUGCGCGGGUGGGAUCUUGGGUAUAAAAUUAGGGGUUUAACUCAAAAUGCAUGUCACAGCUUUUUUGCAUGAGGAAUGUGCCUGCUUUUGAGCUGUCGAGGGCAGACGGGACUAUGGGAUGAGACAAAGCGCCCUGUCGGAGGCUGCUGGGGUCAGACGUGUUUUAUUAACAACUGCUGUUACAUAAAAACUUUACCAGGAUUACAAAAUGUAUGACAAUAAAGAAGUGUUGUUUUAUAAGA